UUCUUCAAUAAAUAUGCUGCCACAUCAGCAAAAUACCAUAAAUAAUAUGUAAUUAAUUAUCUUGGACUCUGUGAUAGAGUCUUGUAUUGUGAGUGCUCUAAGUAUGUAAGUACAUUGUUAGAGAGAGAUUGGAGAAGGAAUCCUCGGAACACAAUUUCUUCCCAAAUGCAAAUGCUAAUGGAAGAGGCACCCCAAAUGCAAAUGCCACCUGCCCCAGGUUUGGGUGCAACCGUGCAGAAGCAGAGCCAACCACUGCACCAGUCAGCUCCAUCAUGGCUCGCUCGCUAGCAACUCCGGCCUCCCUUCCCUGGCUGGCGAGUGGAGUGAGGCAGAGGCAGGCCGAGCCGAGGGGGCGGGGGCGGGGGCGCCCUCCCGCUGCGGCUGCUUGCUUUUGUUGCCUUGCUCCCGCUCCAAUUUAUGGCGAUUUAAUGCCCACCAGCGACAGCGAGAAGUUGGGCGCAUCAAUGGCGUCGCCUCCCCACACAUCCAAAUCUCACACCUCGUAGCUACUGCUAGCUUCGUUCGCCCCCUUUGCUUCCUUCUUCUUCCUCCCUCUCCAGUCUCCAGUCUCCACCUUGGGUUUCUUGGCGCACCACACCUCCACACUCCCCAAGAAAUGCUGCUCUCUUUUCUCGGUUUUCCAUUCCACCGGUACCAGCCUUGCCUCGCCUUGGAGCGUUGACAUCUCUGCUGGCGUGCGCUCUGCUCUGGCCUGCCAUUAAUUUCCCUCCCGCUUGGCGCUUGCUGCUGCUGACCGACGGCAGCUAGCCAGUCAGGCACGAAAUCGAAGCGUUCCAAUUCAAAUCCCCUUCUUGGCUGUCUGGUUUUCGCUGCUGACCGAGGGCAGCUAGCUCAGCCCAGUCAGGCACGAAUUCGCUUUCGCUGCGAAAGCAAAAAGGAUUUUUCUGAGCUGAGCGCUCGACGACGAGGCCGGAGGCAUGGUGGCGGAGCCGUUGGUGCACAAGGUGCUCUCCAUGGCGGCGACGACGACGACGUCGUCGUCCUCCUCCAAGAAGGUGCGGACGUCGGCGAGCUCCAAGGGCGGCGCCGAGGCGGCGGCCGCGGCCGCGGGUGACGGCAGGGUGGGCAUCCUGUCCUUCGAGGUGGCCAACGCCAUGUCGCGCGCGGCCAACCUCUACCGCUCGCUCUCCGACGCGGAGGCGGCGCGCCUGCUGGGCCCGCUCUGCCUCGGCUCCCACGCCGUGCGCGCGUUCGUGCCCGGCGACGACGCGCGCCUCCUCGCGCUCGCGCUCGCCGAGAAGCUGGACGCGCUCAACCGCGUCGCGGCCGUGGCGUCGCGCCUCGGCCGCCGGUGCGCGGCGCCGGCGCUCAUGGGCUUCGACCACGUCUACGCCGACCUCCUCGCCGGCCGCUGCUCCGACGCGGGCGCGUUCGCCGUCGCCUCCCACUCCGACGCCGCGUCGCUCGUGCGCAGGCUCGACCGCCUCGCCGCCGCCACCGCCGCGCUCUACGCCGAGCUCGAGGCGCUCACCGAGCUCGAGCAGUCGGCGCGGAAGCUGCCCACCGACGAGGCCCGCCGCGCGCUCGAGCAGCGCACGCGGUGGCGCCGCCACGACGUGCGCCGGCUCAGGGACUCGUCGCUCUGGAACUGGACCUACGACAAGGCCGUGCUCCUGCUCGCGCGCGCCGUCUGCGCCAUCUACGACCGCAUCCGGCAUGUGUUCGGCGACCCCAUGUUGGGGCUCGACUUGCUGGCCAUGACCCGGGAGUCAGGGCAAUGCGACCAAAGCCGGCAGCUCUCCGGUCCAGUUCCCGUCCAAAGCAAUCUCGGCGAUGGCAAAUCAGGGCCGAUUUGCAGAGUCGAUCAAGAUAUGUCGCGGCCAGUGAGUUUUCGGUCAAGUUGUGGAGCAAGCCCGAGGAAGAUGUUCAUGGAGUGCUUGAGCUUGAGUAGCUCAGUGUCAUGGAAGGAUGGGUUCGAGGAUGAAUUCUUGGAAGAUUCCAGCUGCAUUAGCACAAUCAGGUCAGGGAUGCUUGUGCCAUUCAGCAGCGAGCAGGGGGUAUCCACAACCACAACGCCAUCUUCCAAGAGUGGCAGGAUUGGCAGAAAGGCACGGUUUGGUCCCAAGAGCACGGUGACAUCACUUGCGCCGCCGUCCACAAUUGGCGGCUCGGCUCUUGCACUGCAUUAUGCAAACAUUGUCAUCAUCAUCGAGAAGCUGCUCCGGUACCCACAUCUUGUUGGUGAGGAGGCACGAGACGACCUGUACCAGAUGUUGCCAUCGAGUUUGAAGGUGGCAUUGAGGAAAAAUCUGAAAACAUAUGUGAAGAGCAUGGCGAUCUACGAUGCGUUCCUCGCGCACGAUUGGCGGGAGACGCUUGAGAAGACACUGGCGUGGCUGGCUCCGAUGGCUCACAACAUGAUCCGGUGGCAGACAGAGAGGAACUUUGAGCAGCAGCAGAUCGUGUUGAAGGGGAAUGUGCUGCUGUUGCAGACGCUGUAUUUCGCUGAUCGGGAGAAGACAGAGGCAGUGAUCUGCGAAUUGCUUGUCGGCCUAAAUUACAUCUGCCGGUACGAGCAGCAGCAGAAUGCUUUGCUUGACUGCUCUAGCAGUCUCGACUUUGAUGAUUGUGUGGAGUGGCAACUUCAAUAGAGCCAAAGCAAGGUCAGGUUUCUGCUCAGUUCCAUAGUGACAAGUGAUAUGAGACAACAAGGGUACUUGUAAUUUGGUUUUGCUUGUUUCUCUUUUCCUUUUUCCACAUUGUUUUUGGUGUGUUUUGCACAUGAGAUCAUCAUCUAUUGUUAGAUGAAAUAUAGAGCUUUGUCGACUCGAAUCUAAUUCCGGCUGUACAUAAUUAAUCAUGUUGAAUCCUUGUGUGAAGCAACCUGAAAGCAGGUUUGUUACUUAGUAAA